AUGCCCUCGCGACAAGUAGCCGCGCUGCUGGCGACGGCGUCCCUCUUCGCAGCUUCAACAGCCAUCGAGACCGUGGACGGCUCCAGCUGUGGCUGUUUUCUCUCCAAUGGAACAAACGCCGGGUACUAUACCAACCACGCCUUUUUUGACUUUCGGCAGCUGUUGCAGCAUGCUGGCGUGCCCGACGUGAUUGACAACAAGGCCAACGUCGCGUCGGCACCGUCCAGCAGCAACUUUUUCACGUCUGAUGCCUGGACAAGCUUCUGGGAGGUUGAGACCUGGGACAACAGCAAGGGCGCGGCGGCGAGCGACCGCAACAAAAACACUCUGUCCAACGACGCCACCGUCUAUAUGAUCAACUCGCCCAGCAAUAUCUACAUUGAAAAAGCGGCCAACAGCAGCUACGGCAGCGGCGACGACAACGCCGCCACAUUCCUCACCAUGCGCACCAAACGUCUCCGGGACUUCCAGACGGCUGCCGAGUUCCAGACCAGCGGGGCCGGCUACCAGUUCCUCUCGCUGCGGAUGCGCGCGCGCACCGUCGGCGCGCCCGGCGCCGUGACCGCCAUGUUCACGUACCGUGGCGACGACGACCCGGCCAAGGUGCAGGAGGCCGACAUUGAGAUCCUCACGCGCGACCCGCGCUCCGUCAUCCAGUACACCAACCAGCCGUCGGACCUGCCGGGCCAGGGCGAGAUCGCCGAGGCCACGCGCAACGUGACGCUGCCCGGCAGCGUCGCGUGGUCCGACUGGGCUGUCCACCGCCUCGACUGGACCCCCGAGCGCAGCGUCUGGUACGUGGACGGACGCGAAGCCGCCAGCAUCGCGUUUCAGGUGCCGAGGGACCCUGCGGCCGUCAACUUCAACGCCUGGAGCGACGGCGGUUCUUGGAGCGGCAACAUGACGGUCGGCGACGAGGCGAGCCUGCAGAUCCAGUGGAUCGAGAUGCUCUACAACACUACAGGGGCUGGCAAGCGAUCGGUGGCCGGCGCCGGUCAGGAACCGAGAAUAGGAGGUGGUAGCAGGGCGGCUCGCACAGGCGGGAGCCACGACACGUGCAAGGUUGUUUGUACAAUUGAUGAUGCGGCAGACGUCGGCAAGGUGGCCUUAUUGUCAAACAGCACAGGGGACAGUGCUGCUUACAGUCUCCAAGCUGCUGUCGGACCUGGUCAACUGGCCUUUGGGUGGGCUGUAGCAGCGAUCUUGUACACGAUCUUAUGA